CCCUCCCGCACUAUUACUGCCAAGCAUGCCAUUUCCACCGCUUUAAAAUGCCUUGCAGGCCUUGAUCCGCACGACUCGCUCACGUGGUGUAGUCGUUCCUUCUGUUUACACCAUUUACAUGGGAAAAGAUAAAUAUGAAAAUGAAGACCUAAUAAAAUAUGGCUGGCCGGAGGAUAUUUGGUUUCAUGUGGAUAAGCUCUCCUCUGCACAUGUGUAUCUCCGAUUACACAAGGGGCAGACGGUGGAUGAUGUUCCUAAAGAAGUGCUGAUAGACUGCGCCCAUUUAGUGAAAGCCAACAGUAUUCAAGGCUGCAAAAUGAACAACGUCAAUGUGGUGUAUACGCCGUGGACCAACCUGAAGAAGACUGCAGACAUGGAUGUGGGACAGAUAGGGUUUCACAGGCAAAAGGAUGUGAAAAUGCUGACAGUGGAAAAGAAAGUGAAUGAGAUCCUGAACCGGUUGGAGAAGACCAAAGCGGAGCGUUUCCCAGACCUGGCUGCUGAGAAGGAGACCCGGGACAGAGAGGAGAGGAAUGAAAAGAAAGCUCAGAUCCAAGAGAUGAAACGGAAAGAAAAGGAGGAGAUGAAGAAGAAGAAAGAGAUGGAAGAACUUAGGAGCUACUCAUCCCUAAUGAAGGCUGAGAACAUGUCCUCCAACCAGGACGGAAAUGAUUCGGACGACUUCAUGUAAGCAGGGACGCGUGUUCCUUCCUGAGGUCCUCAGAUGUUUUAAUUUUUCACCAUUGAGAAGAACGCCAAAAAUCAAACUUAAUUCGUUGCUGGCAACAUGUGACCAGACUCGUGCCAUGGAUUUUAUAGAUCACGUCUUGAAGGGAGAGGAUCUGCACGUGUGUGUCCAUAAGCGAACAUCAAUUCCAGUGCUCCCAGGACCAUGAUAUUUAUUUUAUGGGGGGAAAGGAGGGGCAUUUAAUCGGGUGAGCUAUAGGAGUUCUGAACUGCCUUGAAUGCUUUCUUGGCAGCAGGCUGCUUCAUAAAAUGUGGUUAUCCCCUCCCUCCCUCCCUCUCUCCCUAGUAUAAAUUCACGCCUGGAACCGGACUGGCUGACCUGAGGACUGCUUUCUUUCUUGCCGAGUAACAGCUGAUCUGCACGCGUGUCUAUCGAUGCCAGGUUAUCCCUGCCAGCCCCAAGUGCCUCGGCUGUGACAGCUGGUGGCCGUGUCGCGAAUUCUCCUGGAGCUAGAGACGCAGUUUAGCUGGUAGCAGGUUGUAGUAACAGGAAAGCAGCUACAGAGAGCUGCUGCUUAUGAGGACUAGUGUCUGGGCUUCCUUGGCCGCCUGCUCGCUCAGUCCGAGCUGCAGCAAAGCAUGCCCCAGCGCGCAAGGCUCUUGUCUAGGAAGAGGAUAGUCGCACGUGGUGUUUUUGGACUGUGUUGAGAGGGAGUGGGAUGGGGCUGCACUUUGGACACCUUUUCUAAAGGAUUCAGCUGGCGAACAAGGUGAGUUGGGUCUGGACAAGCUUACAGGCCUAUUCAGAACGCUUGACGGAGCGAUUUACUUGGAUAACAGUACCUUCGGAGCCAUCCUGGGAUCUGUACUGCGUGUGUGUACAUUAGAAUUAAAAUCCUACCAUGCCGUUGAA